GAGUCCAUGAGGAUGCUCCGGUCGGACGAGGAAGCCGAGGCCGGGGAGGGCCCCGCUUGGUCUCGUCUGCAGGUCUCGCGAGGUGCGCCCCGGCCCCCGGUCACAGCGGGCCUGGAGGGCCUGGCUCUGCGGGGAGCUUUUUGUGUGUCCGCCAGGGCCAGCAGGGCCGGCCUGAAAUAUCCCAGAAGCGCCCCCUCCUGUCCAGCAUCUCUCUUCUUUCCCUGCGUCUGUGCUCGUGUGCCCCCCCGCCUCACUACGACUCUCGCUCCUCACUCGCACGCAUCUCGCUUGCGGGCCCUGCCAUACAUAACCGCUCAGGUACGCGCUGCCGCCUUGUAAGUCGUGGCGCGGCUUGCUUGCACCAGAUGACGUGGGGAUGGGAUGGGGAGGAUCAUUGGGGAUUCGUGGAGCCUGGAAGGGUAUUUUCAAGUUCCAACUAGGCAGAGAAUUAGAUUUGCUUGAUUCGCGGCGUCAAGUCCGCCAGGGUGUAGGGCGUUGGCGCUGGAUAGGCGCAGAUGGCCCUGCCCUGCUGUCCUUUCGGCCAGCGCCCAGUUUAGUUUUCUGGAUUGAAGAGUGAGGAGGCAGCCAUCCCGUGGGUGCGCGCCUCUCUGGGACACAGCUCGCAAAACGACACGCGGGGUUGUAGGACCGUUGGGCAUACAGCACAUGCCCGCUUCGUGUGCAUACGUUGACCCGAGCGGUUUGCCAGAAGGCGGCUCGUUGUUGACUUCGGUGUUCUGCCAAUUUGCAUCGGCCCCCCCUCCGGCUGGGCCGGUGCAGCGGCUCCCGCCGCGGGCGAAGCAGCGCAUGCACCUCCGGCUGGGCAGGGGGCGGCCUCAGGCCCUCCCGGCUGCAGCCGCGCAGCGGGCAACGGCACUGUGGAGGCCGCGGCGGCCGCCGACUGUUGUACAGGACGCCGAGCGUCAGUCGUUCGGCUUCGGCUUCUCUGCCUGUUUGCGGCGUAUGCUCUCACCGAGGAAGAAUGGUUCACGUAAAUAUGACAUUCGAUGUGACAGCACAAGCCGUUCCAUCUAGUGGCACCGCACAUCGAUUGAUUGGACGCUUUGCCUUGAGCAGGAGCCUUGCAGCCAGCAUGGAUUCGGGCCACUGCUGGAGAAGCUGCUCCUCAAGGCACUGCAGGAUCCCAAGUUUAUCAGCUCGAGGGGCGCGUACAGCACGGCGUCUGCUGCCACCCGCCCGCUCCCGCCAGCCCGCGCGGCUGGCCCUUGCGGAGACGGGGCGCAUACAGGACAGCCUCUGCUGCCACCCGCUCGCUUGCCAGCCCGCGCGGCUGGCCCCUGCGGAACGCUGAGUUGUGCGCGCCGCCGAAGCAGCAGUGACGGGGGAGGAGCAUCGCGCGGGCGGAGGGUGUACAAACCGGCCGUGCGUGACGGCCUCGCAGGCAGCGCUUGAGCGCGGCAGCCGGCUGGCGGCCUCCCCUCGCGCGUCCUGGGCGUCCCGCCCCCUCUGUCGCCUCUGGGGUCCUCUUCCACGUUUUCGUGCUCGCUUUCCCUCGUGCGGCCCCAGAUGCGCUCGGGCGCCAACGUGCUCGCGCGCACGCGCGCGAGCGCCAGCGCACAGCGCGGGCGCCGGAGUCUCCGGCCAAGGUGCCUCGAA